GCGCGAUUUAAACUGAUUUGAUAUCGUGUCAAAGUGUCAGCAACGGAUGGGUGGGAGUGCCAGUUCUCCUAUCCCGGGUGGCGGAACCUGUGGUUACCAUGUCUUGAGGGUACGGUCGAUUGAUUUUAACACAGUUGUCAAGGUUCAAGAAGGUUCGCCUGGACAUAAGGCUGGACUGGAGGCAUUUUUUGACUUUAUAAUCUCAAUAGAGAACACGCGCCUGGAAGAAGAUAAUGAUACUGUAAAGGAAAUCCUCCAAAACCACAAAGAUAAACCGGUGCGCUGCGUCGUUUACUCAAGCAAGACUCAGACUUGCCGAGAAGUGUACCUGACUCCAAACACGGCAUGGGGCGGUCAGGGUCUUUUAGGUCGCGAUGACUUUUUCAAUCUGAUUGAAUCUGCCGAAGGUCAGCAAGUUCGAUUGUAUGUUUAUAACACGAAAUCGGACUCUUGUCGUGAGGUCAGGUUGUGUCCCAAUUCGAGCUGGGGCGGAAAAGGUCUCCUGGGAUGUGAUAUAGGCUACGGUUAUCUCCAUCGUAUUCCGGUCAAUCGUGCUUUUCCGAGUUCGCCUCCACCAGAGGAGAAAGCCCAGUCAUUCAAACCGGUGGUUUCAGCUGCUGGAAAUGUGGAGUCGCCCGUUGGUAUGACCCAGACGAAUAUGCCGAUUCCGUCCCAAGCACCCCCACCUUACGAAGCCCGAACAUCUAGCACAACUCAUAAUGGGUUUGUUGAGGCACCAUUGACUGUGCCGAGUAUGCCUCCUGUGCAAACGUCCAUACCUCUGACCACUUCUGUUGGUUAUGCACCUCCUUGCACGCUUCCACCACCCGCUGCACUGCCUGCAAAUUUAGCGCAGGCCGUAUCUAAUGCGAGGCCGAUGUCCACUCCAGCCUAUCCCCAUGCGAGCAUGGCGUUCAGUCAUGCUGGUCCCACAAUUGGUGCAUUCACACCACCCGUUCCAUUGGAUCCACAAUUCUCCACGAAUCAAGCGUUUCCUCAAUACGCAACUUCCGAUUCACAAGCAGUUCCACCACCAACUACCGCUGUCAUUUCCCUUCCUGGGAUGCCACCUUUGGAUGUAUCCAUACCUCCGUUAUCUGACUACAUAAGUUUCGUUCUCGAGCCUCAACGACAAUGA